AUGUCGAACGAUAACUCUACUUGGACGUACUAUCACUAUGGUCCCUCACUACCAGCGGCCCUGAUUAUAACCGUUCUGUUUGGCCUGAGCUCGCUAGUUCACACCUUUCAAAUGAUACGUACGGGGACAUGGUGUUUCGUGACUUUCGUGAUAGGAGGUUUCUUUGAGUGUAUUGGCUACAUUGGCCGUGUGCUGGGCCAUUAUGAGACCCCAUAUUGGAUUUUGGGACCUUAUGUACUCCAAAGCCUUCUUAUUCUUGUUGCUCGUGCCUUGUUCGCAGCUUCAAUAUAUAUGGUACUGGAGAGAGUUAUCAUGAUCACCAACCAUCCUGAAUACGCCAUUGUAAAACCACGAUGGCUGACGAGAUUCUUCGUCUCUGGAGACGUGAUAUCGUUUCUUGUCCAAGCUACUGGAGCCAGGAUCAUGGUCACCGGAGCGAACGGGAUGACAGUGGGUGAAGACGUCGUGACUGCGGGCCUGUUCAUCCAAAUAGCCUUCUUCGGACUCUUCGACCUCGUAGCUACCGUGUUCCUCUGGCGCAUGCAGCGCAACCGGUCCGCUGCCCAGCUCAUGGUGCCAGGGCUCCCAUGGCGAAAGCACUUGCUAGUGCUGUACGCCGCCUGCCUCCUGAUCAUGACGCGGUCGGUCUUCCGCGCGGUCGAGUACAUUCAGGGAAACAACGGCUACCUGCUCCGCCACGAGGUCUUCCUCUACGUCUUUGACGGGGUCUUCAUGUUCUUGCAAAUGGUGCUCCUCACUGUGUGCCACCCGAGCGAGUUGCUCUCCGCAGGAAAGACGCCCAUUUUACCCAAUAGUCGGUCGAGCAAUGUUCGCUUGCGGCCACUGACGGUAUGA